GCUGCAAACCUCUUUAACCUCCCUACUCCAUCUCUCACCACCUCUCCCGGUCACACCAGUUUAACUCUCUCAUUCGUUUUCGAUUUUUUUUUUUUGGUUCUCUCUCUCUCAGCUGAGGUUGAUCGAUCUUCUUUCUCCUCAUCCUCCCUUUGGAUCUGGGAAUGUGGUUCUGUCUUUCGGGCAUUUAACGUUUAGAUUCAGACAGCCUCUGAUCUUCCGACAAGGGCAUACGUUAGUAUUAAGCAUGUGUGGUCUCUUUAAGAAGCUGGACACAGAGAACAACACUCUCUCAGAUUCUUUGUCCAAGCCCAUGAACAAUGCUGCUGAGUGUGAACAUUCAUUUUCCGCCUUACUUGAAUUCGCUGCAGACAACGACGUGGAGGGUUUUAAGCAUCAACUCUCUCUUGUCUCUAGCGUCAACCAGGUGUCUCUCUGGUACAGACGCCAUAGGCUCGUUAAAAGAAUGGUCGUCGAGCAAAGAACGCCGCUGAUGGUUGCUUCUCUAUACGGAAGCUUAGACGUUGUGAAGCUUAUUCUCUCCUUCCCUGAAACUGACUUGAAUCUCACUUGCGGUCCGGAUAAAAGCACCGCCCUCCACUGCGCCGCCUCUGGCGCUUCUGUGAAGGCCUUGGACGUUGUCAAGCUGCUUUUAAGCGCAGGAGCAGAUCCAAACAUCAUUGAUACUCAUGGGAACAGUCCCGUUGAUGUUCUUGUUGCGCCUCGUGGUUUGAGAACCGUGCUUGAGGAGAUUUUGAAGAAAGAUGAAGAUCUGUCGUCUAGCUUGGGGUCGAGUUUCAGGUCUCUCUCGUCGUCGCCAGAUAACGGCUCCUCCUCCUUACUCUCUUUGGAUUCAGUCUCCUCUCCAACUAAGGCAGAGAAGAAGGAGUACCCGAUUGAUCCGUCCUUGCCAGACAUCAAGAGUGGGGUUUAUUCCACAGAUGAGUUCCGUAUGUUCUCGUUCAAGAUCCGUCCCUGCUCUCGAGCCUACUCCCACGACUGGACCGAGUGUCCCUUCGCGCAUCCGGGCGAGAACGCCAGGAGGAGAGACCCGAGGAAGUCUCACUACACCUGCGUCCCUUGCCCGGAUUUCAAGAAGGGCUCAUGUAAGCAAGGGGACAUGUGCGAGUACGCACACGGAGUUUUCGAGUGCUGGCUGCAUCCUGCUCAGUACAGGACGCGUCUGUGCAAGGAUGGGACGGGUUGUAACCGGAGGGUUUGCUUCUUUGCUCAUUUAAAGGAAGAGCUGCGUCCAUUGUACGCUUCUACAGGCUCUGGAUUGCCGUCGUCUCCUCGUGCCUCUAUGGACAUGGCUUCUGUUUUGAACAUGUUACCAGGCUCACCUUCUGGUGGUGCUCCGAGCUCUCCUUCUGGAAACGGUGUUUCAUCUAUGUGUUGGCCUCAUCAGAACGUACCUGCGUUGCAUCUCCCUGGAAGCAAUGUUCAGCUGAGCCGUCUGAGGUCUUCUCUGAACGCUAGAGAUAUGCUGCAAGAGUUUGAAAUGUCCAGUAGUCCACGGUUUGUGAAUCAUUUCUCAUCUGCUGAGGUUUCAUCGUCGUCUCCUCGUUUCUCUGAUCAGCUUGCCGUCUCAUCUGUUCUAUCACCAUCCCACAAAUCUGCGCUUCUUAAUCAGCUACAGAGGGAUAAGCAGCAGAGCAUGCUUUCUCCUAUUAGGACAAAUCUAAUGUCUUCUCCAAAGAAUGUGGAGCAGCAUUCGUCACCACGAGGCAUGGAGCCUAUUUCUCCAAUGAACGCUCGGAUUAAACAGCAGCAGCUGCUGCAUUCACGUAGCCUUAGCUCCCGUGAGUUUGGAUCCAAUCUGCCACGUGAUAUGAUGAUGCAGAGUGAUUCUGGUUCGCCGCUGAGUCCUUGGUCAAGUUGGGACCAGAACCAUAAGGUGGACUGGUCGGUGCAAUCAGAUGAGCUAGGGCGGUUGAGAAAAUCUCAUUCCUUGGCUAAUAACAAGGAAGCAGAUGUGACAUGGGUUCAGCAGAUGGUAAAAGAGACUGCAUCGCCUAGGAACAUGAAUGGUGCAAGGCCAUUGGUUCAAGGUGGUUUGAGUGGGGAUCCUCACAGAGACGGUCGUGAGAGUGACAUUCUCGAUGCGUGGCUAGACCAGCUGCAGCUUGAUCGCUAACUCAGCGAGAGAGAGAGAGAGAGAGAGAGAGGUUGAUGUUUCUGUGAAGCUGGGACAAAAUCCUGGUAAGUGCUUUUUCGAUACUAAUAACACCAAAAGGCUCAGUUUGAUUUUUUCAGACUUCUUUCUGAAAUUUCAUUAAUUUGUUGUAAUUUUUACCUCAUUAAAUUGAUUACUAUCUCUUUUGUUGUAGCAAAGGGGGAAGUGUUCCUCUUUGUCUAUGAUUAUUUCCUGUAUUUUUGUUUCUCAGUUAUUUGUAAUAUCUCAUCCAUAUUUGUCAAUGAACAAUGUAUGAGAAAAUAAUAACAUAUUGUUUCAGGUAAUAAGAUCCAUUCAUUUC